AUUCUAUAACCUGUGAUGAAUAUACCUAUCUAUGUAUAUUGGCUUAAACUGAAAAUUGCCUGCUAGUUCCUCAAUACUUGAUCAAAAGUCAAGUUCCUUGACUUUUGCUACUCAAUUCUUAAUUUCUUUGGAAGCCAUUGCACACAAAAGCUAUAAAUUCUCUGUACCUCUGGAAAUUGCCAGCAACUUGCACAAGGUCUUGAACUUUAUCUCCUAAAAUUUUGCAUGUUUUCUUCAAAAGUAUGUUUUAACUAUAGUUUUGCCAUUUAUUCAAGGACUUAAUUAAAGGAAAAGAAAGUACCUAUACUUGUUAAGAAAUUGUUGAUAAAUUUUCUGUGAAUUCCUUCCAGUAGUGACCAUUAGAAUUGGGGAAACAAGAUACUGGGAGCAUUGAAAAUAUUGUGACAGUUCAGUCAUGUAUUUUCCAGCCCUGCAAAGUGAGCUUGCAGCUUUGUCCAAGAAGCUACUUGGAGUCAUUGGGACGCCGCUGCGUGCAUUGGCCACCCAGAAGCUGACCAGCUUCCAUAGUGAUGUCCAGCAGAAGCUGGAAAAUGGCACUUACCGUCUUAGUCACGCACCAAUGGUUAUGGGAAUAAAUGUUGAUAGCAAAGUUUAUGUGAACAAGGAUGGAUUUAAUUUAGAUGUGGUCAAAUAUCUCGAGGGUCAGGAAAACUGGAACUGGAAGGAUGUUUUAAACCCGAAGCUGAAAGCCUCAAGUUAUGGGGACUAUUACUGCGCGCUGGAAUUGAUGCCCUCGAGUUAUUUUGAGUCGCGGGAGAAAUUAGAUUACCUUUACUCGCUUUUAUGGCAAAAUGAUCCAUCAUUUGAUCCAAACGAGCCAGUGGAGACCAUUGAAAAAAUUCCUUUGGAAGAGGCUCUUGAACUGCUGACAGUGACGCUGUCCUGCAAUAUGGAGUAUUAUUUGGCUAACCGGGAUGAAAUGGAGAAGGAUUUAGGGCGCAAGCUGGAUAGUUUCAAUGCAGAAGAUGAGAGUUUCAUGAAGAGGUUAGAACGAGAGCUUUUCUACAACCAAGUCAUCAAGAUAGUUGGUGAGAGCGAGGAUGACGACAAGGCAACCUUUUCAGUGAUGCUCAAGGACUUCAGGGCUUUGUUCCUUGAAGGCAAUGACAACUUCGCAACGGCAAGACGUGGCGAUUAUUACCUGCUUUUCCAUCACGCCACUUCAUAGGAAGGGUAUAGGUUCUGGAACUAAUCAAGUGAUGAUUGGAGCUGUGCUGCUGAGAGAGCUGGCGCUAAAAUAAUGGUCUCAAAAAGGACUCUUUGAAUUUUUUAACAAUGACCAUGUAGUAUCUCUUGUAUGUGUAAUGUAAAGCUUAUUUUAUGUUCUUUAAUGUCAUUCUGGGGUGAGUUACCAAUUAAACUUUAUUGGGAUUUUUUUUACCUAUUUUUAAAGCUUUCAAUAUUUUUGGGGGAACAAUUUCUAUUGAAUAAUUUCCGAUGAUCUCAAACUUCCUGCGUCCCAAUCAAGUAGCAGAAGCAAAUAUUAUGUGUCCAGCAGCUCUACUUUCUGUAAGUCAGCCCAAUUUUGUUUGUAUUCUUAAUUUAAAUAUUAGAAGCUAUACUCCAUGUAGCUUCAAAAU